ACAAGAUGGUGGCCGAAUCUGAGAAAUAAUUUUGCAUAUUUUGACCCUUCAAAUAUUCCUAAUUUCCUGGGGUUCAUCGGCAAUUUCAAUACAUUUUAGAAUGUCAAAACUAUGCAGGACAAAAAGCCAGCCAAGGAAAUGUUUUUAACUCGUGCAUUAGAGAAGAUUCUAACGGAUAAAGAGAUCCGGAAAGCGCAUCACUCCCAGCUGAAAAAGGCUUGUGAGGUGGCACUUGAGGAAAUAAAGAAUGACACCAAGCUACAGUCUAGCCUCGAAAGGAAUGCCUCAGCAGUUGUUCCAGAGUUGAAGAAUACGACUGGUUUCAUUGAGGCAGAUCGCUACUUUCUGCCGUUUGAAUUGGCAUGUCAGUCCAAAUGUCCCCGCAUUGUCAUUGCUGCACUCGACUGCCUUCAGAAACUGAUUGCGUAUGGUCAUCUGACAGGCAAUGCAGUUGACAGCACAAACCCAGCCAAGCGUCUGAUUGACAGGAUUGUAGAGACGAUAUGUCAAUGUUUCAAUGGACCACAAACAGAUGAGGGAGUUCAGCUUCAGAUCAUCAAGGCCCUGCUGACAGUGGUGACAUCAAGCACCUGUGAGAUCCACGAGGGCACAAUACUUCAGACCGUACGCACAUGUUACAACAUCUAUCUGGCGAGUAAAAACUUGAUCAACCAGACGACAGCCAAGGCGACCUUGACACAGAUGCUCAAUGUCAUCUUCAUGCGCAUGGAAAACCAAGCAGCACAAGAGGCCAAGCAAAAAGCAAUAGAAGAUGAAGAGAAUGCACAGAAUGAUGAAGAGGCUGCUCAGAAGGGUGAGUCUGGACCAGAGAAUGAGGAGCAGCCUCCUGAUGAGGACCAGCUUGAUAACAACGCGGAGGAAGGAGUCGAAGCUAUAGCGAAGGAGAUCGUCAAUUCGUUGGUCAAUCAGAUUGCUGAAAAUACCCAAGUUGAGCCGGAAAAUGUGCAGGUGCCAGCACCAGAUGCGGAUGUAGCUGGUCAAGAUCCAGCAACGGUGGAAUCAAAGACGACUGCAGGUGACACUGCACUCAGGCGCCGUGCAGGUCUCCAGCGCCUGGCGUCAGAAGAUGGUGGAGAGGGCGGGGAGAUGUCACCUGACUCGAUUGGGGCAUUCAGCCACAUCCUGCAGAAAGAUGCCUUCCUCGUGUUCAGGAGUCUGUGCAAACUAUCCAUGAAGCCGUUAUCCGAAGGACCACCUGAUCCGAGUGUUAAACGGAUGGUCGUUAAGAAGGGAUCCCAUGAGUUGCGUUCCAAGGUCCUAUCCCUGCAGCUCCUGCUGUCCAUUCUCCAGAACGCAGGUCCUGUGUUCCGUACAAACGAGAUGUUUAUCAAUGCCAUCAAGCAGUACCUGUGUGUGGCGUUGUCGAAGAAUGGCGUCUCUGCUGUUCCAGAAGUGUUUGAACUGUCGCUGGCGAUCUUCCUCACUCUGCUUGCAAACUUCAAACAGCACCUCAAGAUGCAGAUUGAGGUGUUUUUCAAGGAGAUCUUCUUGUACAUAUUGGAAACGCCCAGCAGCUCGUUUGAACACAAAUGGAUGGUCAUCCAGGCUUUGACCAGAAUAACUGCAGAUGCGCAAUGUGUUGUUGAUAUCUACCUGAACUAUGACUGUGAUCUUGCCCUUGCCAACAUCUUUGAGAGACUUGUCAAUGACUUGUCCAAGAUCGCCCAGGGGAGGCAUGCAAUGGAGCUAGGUGCUGGCCCCAACCAAGAGAAGAGCAUGCGUAUCAAGGGAUUGGAGUGCCUCGUGUCGAUAUUGAAGUGUAUGGUCGAGUGGAGUAAAGAUCUUUAUAUCAAUCCUCACUCGCAGUCGAACCUCGGUCAAGAAAACAAGCCAUACACGGAGACCGACAAUGACUCUGGCAAAGGCACCAUGACGAGUUACGGUAGUUCCACGUCCCUCAACUCGACCAACUCGUCGAGUCACGCACCGAACAAGGUUGACAGUCCAGAACAGUUCGAGGUGCUCAAACUACAGAAGGAGACUAUGGAGAAUGGCAUUGAUAUGUUUAACAAGAAGCCCAAGAAGGGUCUCAACUAUCUCCAGGAGCAUGCCUUACUGGGGACAAGGCCUGAUGAUAUCGCUGAAUUCUUCCAUAACGAUGAAAGGUUGGACAAGACUGUUAUAGGUGAAUUUAUCGGCGAAAAUGAAAAAUUUAAUAAAGAGACGAUGUACGCCUACGUUGAUCAAAUGGAUUUCGCCAACGUUGAGUUCGUGCACGCCUUGAGGAAGUUCCUGUUUGGCUUCCGCUUGCCCGGUGAAGCGCAGAAGAUUGAUAGGCUCAUGGAAAAGUUUGCUGCACGCUAUAUCGAGUGCAAUGCCAGUAAUGGGAUAUUCGCCAGUGCUGAUGCGGCGUACGUGCUGGCUUAUUCCGUUAUCAUGCUGACAACAGAUUUACACAGUGCACAGGUGAAGGAUAAAAUGAAGAAAGAACAGUAUAUCAAGAUGAAUCGUGGUAUCAAUGACAGCAAGGACUUGCCGGAGGACUAUCUGUCGGCUAUCUACGAUGAGAUUGCUGGCAAUGAAAUCAAAAUGAAAGUUGGCGCUGCGAAACCAGGAAAAGUAUCAAAUGUGACGAGCGAGAAACAGCGGCGUACUCUUUACAACAUGGAGAUGGACCACAUCGCAUCAACCGCCAAGGUUCUCAUGGAGAGCGUCAGCCAUAUCCAGUCGAGCUUUACGAGUGCAUCUCACUUGGAACAUGUCAGACCUAUGUUCAAGAUGGCGUGGACGCCCUUCCUGGCAGCGUUCAGCGUCGGCCUGCAGGAUUGUGAUGACACUGACAUCGCCAGCCUCUGUCUCGAUGGCAUCAGAUGUGCAAUAAGAAUCGCCUGUAUAUUCCACAUGGAGCUUGAGCGAGAUGCGUAUGUACAGGCCUUGUCCAGAUUCACCUUGCUGACUGCCACGUCACCGAUCACAGAGAUGAAGGCGAAAAAUAUUGACACCAUCAAGACCCUGAUUUCAGUGGCGCAUACGGAUGGCAAUUACCUCGGCAAGUCAUGGCUUGAGAUCCUCAAGUGUAUCUCACAGUUAGAGUUGGCCCAGCUGAUCGGGACCGGUGUGAAGACACGUUACAUCACAGGUGGUAGUACUCAGACGUCCGGUGGACAUCCUAUUGAGGCAUUUGACCCAGAAGGGAGUGAAAUAACAGUGAUUGCACGUGGAGGGAUUGACUCGAAGAAGAUGGCUAGCAUCCAGGAGUCGAUGGGCGAGACGAGCUCCCAGAGCGUGGUGGUAGCGGUCGACCGAAUAUUCACGGGGUCUGUCCGACUCGAUGGAGAUGCAAUUGUCCAGUUUGUGAAAGCUCUGUGUGCCGUCUCCAUGGAUGAGCUUGCCUCGCAGACCCAUCCUCGUAUGUUCAGCCUGCAGAAGAUCGUUGAGAUCUCUUACUACAACAUGGGGCGUAUCAGACUGCAGUGGUCGAGGAUCUGGGAGGUUCUGGGUGACCACUUCAACAAGGUCGGCUGCAACCCUAAUGAAGAUGUCGCAUUCUUUGCGGUGGACUCCUUGCGACAACUCUCCAUGAAGUUCUUAGAGAAAGGAGAGUUUGCCCAUUUCAGAUUUCAGAAAGAUUUCCUGAGGCCAUUUGAACAUAUUAUGAAGAAAAAUAGGUCGCCAACGAUAAGAGACAUGGUGGUCCGUUGCGUUGCGCAGAUGGUCAACUCGCAAGCUGCCAACAUCAAAUCCGGUUGGAAGAAUAUCUUCAGCGUGUUCCACCUGGCAGCGUCGGAUCAGGAUGAGGUCAUCGUUGAGUUAGCAUUCCAGACGACAGGAAAGAUCAUCUUGGCGCAAGAUUGUGGGUCUGACGCGAGCAUAUUCGAGAAGUACUUUUCUGCUACAAUUGAUUCAUUCCAAGACGCGGUGAAGUGUCUGUCGGAGUUUGCGUGUAAUGCGUCGUUCCCUGAUACAAGCAUGGAAGCCAUACGUCUCAUUAGAAACUGUGCCAAAUACGUGGCCGAGAAGCCACAGAUGUUUAAGGACCAUGGCGGUGAUAUAGAGAAUGUCGUCCCAAUGGAUGACAGGGUGUGGGUGAAAGGAUGGUUCCCUGUCUUAUUCGAGCUCUCCUGUAUUAUCAACAGGUGUAAACUCGAUGUCAGAACGAGGGGUUUGACUGUGAUGUUUGAGAUCCUCAAGACCUACGGUGAGCAGCUUGAGCAGCACUGGUGGAAGGAUCUGUUCCGGGUGAUCUUCCGUAUCUUCGACAACAUGAAACUGCCUGAGCAAGUUAGUGAGAUGAAUGCCAUAAACCUCGUGCGUGUCGUUGAGCAGAAGACUGAAUGGAUGACGACAACAUGUAACCAUGCCUUGUACGCGAUAGUGGACGUCUUCACCCAGUAUUAUGACAUCUUACAUGAAAUCUUAUUGGAGGAUCUCUAUUCACAGCUAAGAUGGUGCGUCCAGCAAGAUAAUGAACAGUUAGCACGGUCAGGAACAAACUGCUUAGAAAAUCUAGUCAUUUCAAAUGGGAUGAAAUUCUCGCCUGAAGUCUGGGACAAGACGUGUGUUUGUAUGUUAGAUAUCUUUAAGACGACCAUCCCAUCAAGUUUGUUGACAUGGACACCUGAAAACCACGAUGAAACCGGCCAUCCCAUUUUAACCAAACAGGACACGACAGUCGAACAUGAUAUAUCACAUAGAGAGGAGACGAAGUCUGUGUCAUCAGAAGACGGCGUAUCACGGUCAUCAUUGAAGAGAGGUGAUAGUCAGCAUAGCAUUAACAGUAUAGGAUCAGUAGACUCUCGUGAUCACAAGAUACCACGAACCAAAGUUCCCCCGGAGCAGAAGUUAUUUGCCGCACUGCUGAUCAAGUGUGUCGUCCAGUACGAGCUCAUCCAGACGAUAGAUAACAUUGUGUUCUUCCCGGCAACGAGCAGGAAGGAGGAUGAACAUAACCUGGCAGAGGCCCAGGGUAAAAUGGAUGAGUUUGGUGACCAGGACAACUCUAGUCAACAGCGUGAAGACCAAGGCAUGUACCAGUAUCUCAGCACACCCCAGAUGUUCCAGUUGCUUGAUUGUUUAUUGGAGUCACACAAGUUUGCUAAAGCUUUCAAUGCUAACCAUGAACAGAGGAAUAUAUUGUGGAAAGCAGGCUUCCGUGGUAAAGCAAAGCCAAACCUGCUGAAGCAAGAAACACAGAGUCUGGCAUGCUCACUGCGCAUCUUGUUUAGGAUGUAUUCUGAUGAAGCGAGACACAGUCAGUGGCCUGAUAUACAGGCCAGGCUCAUACAAGUGUGUCACGAUGCCCUCGCCUACUUUCUCUCCCUGCAGUCCGACAGUCACCGUGACGCCUGGAGUAACCUUCUGCUUUUGUUUCUUACGCGAUGUCUCAAGAUGAACGAUGAUCGAUUCCGAGCCCAUGCCAAAGUGUAUUAUCCCCUCCUCUGUGAUAUCAUGGUGUUUGACCUUAAGUCCGAGCUGCGAUCUGUAUUACGGAGGUUCUUCUUACGAAUUGGGCCCGUCUUCUCUAUAUGUCAGUCAUGAUUGUGAGACACCCGUUAUGUUCUGCAUCACUUUAUGUUUCAAGUGUGGACACUUCAUCAAGUCCCAACACAUUGCUGCUCAAAUACCUCUCAAUCUUGUUGAAAUGCUUGCUGUCUUCAAGAGUAUCUGGAACUUUUACUUAACUUCUAACAGUCAGAGUCGCAGACUAUAUUUUCCUAGCCUUGUGUGACAACCAGAUUCACUCAUAUAAUCACCAUUUCUCCCAGAUGACUGCUUUGGUUCCCCUACCAUCUGUUCUCCUAGUCGAGAGAUCACUAAACUGGUGUUUUGAUGAAUUUGUCCUGUCAGCUGAUGAAGCCUGAAUCACCUUAACUUCACCUCCAUUUACCUGUACUCGACUUGCUAUUGAGGGUAUGGAUGGAAGGUGCAGCUAAUGUGACACAGACUCAUAGUUCCAUUCACAUAUGUAUAUAAAGUUGAAUAACUUUAUUUCUAUGAAUAUUACGUUAACACAAGUAAUGUCCUUUUCUUAAAGUCUUGGACAUGAUUGAAAAAAGUCACACAUUUCUGGUCUGUUGCAAACUGAUAGUUUAUGCCUUUACAUUCAGCCGGUUGGUCUCGGUUUAAGUUAGCAUUGAGGGAGAUUCAUCCAAUUUCACCAUGGCACGUUUUGACAGUUUUGUUUCUUCAUGCUUUCUCACUCUUGGUUUCUUUCAAAAAUCAAUGUAUAUAAGUAAUACUGAGUCAACUUGACACCUUCUGUUUGUAACCAUGGUAACAUAUGUUUGUUAUUGUCCCUGGGUGUAUUUAGUAAGUUAAAAUGAAUCAAUAUACAUGAAAUGCCAUGUAUGUGUGAUAGAUGUACAUAAAUUGUGAGUGCGGAACUGCAAAUAUCAUGGGGGAGUCUUGUUUAUAGUAUAAGUGUUUAACCACGCCAUGAGAUGUUUCACGAUGCUGACCGGUUGGCUAUGACAUUUGACAGCAUCAUGAUGAUGACGGCAGUGAUGUCAUUUCAAUGUGUGUCGCUUCAUGUCAAACCACAAUCUAGGUCGUCCUACAUGGAGUGGUUCAAAUAGUGAAGUUGGAGGGCGAGAAAGUGAAAGUGUGAUUUGAAAUGAAUGUUGUACUUUCAAUGAGGCUUCCCCGAGCUGACUCACAACAGGUAAUAAACUGGUUUUCAAUAACA